UGUUCCUUUUCUCCUACUCGGAAAAGGAAUAGAAACCUAACCGCCUCAUUUUGAAAACAACGGCAAGAAAAAGGGUGAGAUAUAUAAAACAAUUUUAUUAAUAUAUUCUCACAAUUACAAAACAAACCCUACCUUUUAAAUUUGAAGAAACACAAAUCUGCAUUUUCAAGCAAGCCAUCAUCAAAGCAGUAAUCCAGAAAAGGAAGGAAGGAUUUGUGAAUUUGAGUUCUGUUUUAGCAUAUAGCAAUCAUGAGAUUCUUAAAGGGGAGUCAGGUAGAGGUACUAAAGAAUAAACAGCUGCCUCCAGGAGCGUGGCAUUGUGCUAAGAUUAUCUCUGGUAAUGGGCAUACUUACAGUGUUAUGUUUGAAGGUUCUCUCGAUAUGAGAAGUGAGGAAGUUAUAGAGAGAGUGCCGAGGAAGGAUAUUAGGCCUUGCCCUCCUCCCACGGAAACUAUGGAGGGUUGGACAGUUGGAGAUGUUGCAGAAGUGUUUAAUUUUGGUUCUUGGAGAAUGGCUAUGAUUCUGAAGGUUUUGAGUGGGGAUUAUCAUUUGGUUAGGCUAUUGGGAUCUUCAGAAAAGUUCAGAGUUCACAAAUCUAACAUCCGGAUGCGUCAAAUUUGGCAAGAUAACAAAUGGGUUGUGAUCAGAAAGGGUUCUCGGAAUUGUGAGCUUGUGAAGUUCAACAAGCCAUCUAGCUUGAACUGUCAUCAGAUGACACCUGAGUUUCCACAGCUCAAUACAAGGAGAAAGAUGCAGGCAGGAAAUACAUGUUUAGCCACUCAAGACAAUACUUGUUUGCAGGAAUCUCAUAUUGUCUCAUCUAGAACAUUGAAGAGAGCGUCCCCUUAUUGCUCCUCUCAUACUGAAGCAUAUUCUAGAAAAAUGAGAGCAAUUGAGAAUGAGGGUGAGUGUCAAAGAGUCAUUUCAAAGUCUCCAUCCCCCUUGCCAAAAAAGGGCCAAAAUUGGAGGCUUUGCUUCUAAAGGUCUUAAGAUGAUGCUGGGGUUUGCUGCAUUUCUCUCCCUUAAACGAUGGGGCAAGAACUGCAUCCAAUUUUUCUAUAUUAGACAUUGCAUGACCACCUAAUUGUAUAAUUAUGUUAUUUGGUUCAGUGAUAUAGUUCAUUUCAGGCCUGCUGGGAUUAAUGGGCACAUAUUGUUCCAAUGGAAAACUCAAUAUCUGAAAUAGUGGGAGAGUAUUUUUGAUAUGGUGGUCUUCUUUUAAACUUUUAGUUUUAAUAAUGCACAUUGUUCUAGUUUUCUUUUAGAUUUUUUUUUCCAUCAAUACCGGUUUAGAGUAAUCUCCUUCAACCCAUUACGAGGCGACUCAUAAAACCAUCCAUGUGAAUUUUUUAAAUAAGUCACAUGACUCAUUAAAUAGGUCAUGUGACUAUAAGUAACAUGAAUGGUUUUGUCAAUGGCUACAUAUUGGAUUUGGAGGAAAAAUUUUUCCUUUCUUUUAUAUUGCAUAUCUAUAUCUUGCAUAAAAGUUUGUUGUUUAUAUCUGUGGAUAAAUUUCUUUCAAUUUAUCAUGAUUUCUGAUUAUUUCUGCAAGGUUGGAAAACAUAAUGGGGUUCGAGGAAUAUCCCAAGUGGGUCCAGUAGCUAUUGUGGUGCUUGGGCACUGGUGUUCAACCCCACCAGUUCCUGUCCUCCAAUUUACCUAUUAAAAACAAAUAGAUGUUAAGCUACUCUUUGGUGAUUUUAUCAUCCUUGUAAUCACUAAAGUAAUGACUUGCUUUUGUAGAAGUCCUACUUUGUAAAUGAAAAUUACCCUUGCUCCCUUGCAAUUUAUAUUAAAGAAUUGUGAUAGAAUUUUACUGGCUCCCUUCCAUUACUAUACUUCCCACAUCCAACCCUUCAAGCAAUUUUCCCUUUGUACUUAGUCUUGGUGUAUAAAUGACUAGUGACACACGGUAUCUUUGACUCUGUAUUUUAGGAAUAAUGACUUUACAAAUGGUCAUCAAUGUGCAUUUGCAUAUAGAGUAGCAGUACCAUGCAUAUAUUAGACUACUGAUUGUGCAAACAUGUCAAGUAAUUAUCUAGGAGCUCCUUCCAAAAUUAAAGAAGCAUCUAAUAUAUAUGUGUUAUUCUCAAGAAAAGCAUAUUCAUUGAAUUUUGUACGCACACUCAUGUAGUUGACUAUGGAAUUCUGGAAACACUUCCAAUAAAUUUGUUGUGUACUCCUAGAAGAAGAUGAUAAUAGUUGAAAAUGAUCAACAUUUCAUGUAAAUUAGUUACCUACCGCAGCCUGGUUGAAAAGAAAGAAUUGCAGGAAGGAAAUUUGGUGAGUUUUGGGAACAAAGGUUGCAGAACAUUGUUUGUAAAUGUUUGUGCAGAGAUCAGGCCCACAAGGUAAUUUGGUUUUGUGACUUUUACAAGUGACAUUCAAGUCAACUACACUUUUUCCCUAAACAAUUAUUCAUAAAAAUAUAUAUUAUAAAACAAAAUUAUAAAUUAACAAAUGUUCCACUUUGUAAGUAUAAUUACUGUUCUAUUAUUCAUUAUAAUGAUGCAAAUGUCUGUUAUCCCAAAUUCUGUGGACGUAGGUUUCCUUUGUUUGAAGGAAGAUGUGGAUGUGGUUUAAUUGAGUUAAAGAGUACAUAGUUAAACAAUGUUACAGGAAAGAUGUAGAAAUGGUAUCAGUUGCACCUCUAGCCUUGUCAAAGUAAGCUGAAGAGGGCCCCCCUAGACACAUUUCAUGUUAAUUUGAGUAAAUACUGGAGCAAAUGAAUGAUAAUCACUAAUUGCAAUACUAAUCCAUGGAUAUGCAGAUUAAUAUAUUAACUUUACAUGUAUUAGUUGAUAAUGUGAAUGGGAUUUUGUUUUACAGAUCUAUGAGCUGAUCAACAGCGUUGUCUUGCAAAGUUGAAGUGGAAUGGGUGGCUCAAAUCUCCAAGCUGGGAUAUUGUAAGGGCCUUUAUAAUGAAGAAUGAUCUGUUGUCUUGCAAAGAUGGCUUGGUAUGGGUGGCUCAAAUAUCCAAGUUGGGAAUUUUUUAGGGCCUUUCAAUAGAGAAUGAUCUGUAAAGUUUGAAGUGUUUUGAGUGUCUUCCGAAGAGAGUGUGGUUGAUUCAUGUUGUGGUAGUAGCGUAUCUCAAGUAUUUCCUGUAUCCAUCCACGAUCCAUACAUUCUUUCCAGUUUUCUGCAUUUGCAAUAUAUUUUGUUACAGGCUAAUGCUAUUGUAUAUAUAUCAUGAGUUGGGCUUUAUUCUGUUCUAUUGUUGGUGCUAGAAUUUGGCAAUGCUUUGCAACAGGAUCUGAUCUGCCUUCAUUUGUAAAAUUAAUAAAUGCAAUGAUAAGAAAUUUU